GGGCGUGGGCUGCAUCAUGUUCGAGAUGGCAACAGGUCGUCCAAUGUUUCCUGGGGCCACGGUGAAGGAGGAGCUACACUUAAUCUUUAGGCUUGUGGGCACUCCAACCGAAGAGACUUGGCCUGGUAUCAGUAGUAAUGAGGAGUUUAGGUCUUACCUGUUUCCUCAAUACAGACCUCAAGCUCUCAUCAACCAUGUGCCCAGGUUGGACACAGAAGGGAUCGACAUGCUGACUGCUCUGCUGCUGUACGACAACAGGAGCAGAGUCUCUGCUGAAGCCUCUCCACGAUACCCCUACUUCACCAGUCUGGGAAAUAAUAUACAUAAUUUGGCAGACACUGCUUCAGUGUUUUCCCUCAAAGAGCUCCAGCUCCAGAAGGACCCAGGCCACCGCAGCUCAGUGUUUCAGCCUUUAG